AAUUUCAAUAAAGCACUUUAGCUUAUCACCUUUGUAAUGUUAAUGAUAUUUAUCCAAUUCAGAACGCAUAGUAAAGAGUAAUGUCUGAAUCAGAAGAAGAUAUAUCAGAAAAGAAUGUUAAAGUCGUCGUGCUGGGUGAUCCGAAUGUAGGAAAAACGAGCAUUGUUAGAAGAUUUUGUUAUGAUGAAUUUACUAGAUACUACGUUCAAACCAUGGGUGCAGAUUUUUAUAUCAAACGAAUGGAUUUGUCUAAAAAGAAAGAAAUCUCAGUGCGAGUUUCAGACAUCGGCGGGAUUCAGUUGAACGAAAAAAUGCUAAAGAAUUAUUUAUUCAAUUCCAAUAUUGUUAUUAUUGUAUAUGAUAUAACAAAUGCCCAAAGCUUCGAAAGUACUUUAAUGUGGUUGAAUGAAGUAAAGAAAAUUGUUGUUAAUUCAAAACAAAUAGCAAUUUUCGGAAAUAAAUCUGAUUUGGAACACAAACGAAUUGUGAAAUUAGACAAAAUCCAGAGAUUCGUUAUAGAAUUUGGAAUUUUAAAUUACUGCGUUUCUGCAAAGACAGGAGAAAAUGUUCAUUCUUCAUUGACGAAUUUAAUAGCUAAACAUUUUGGGAUACAAUUGACAAGAAUCGAAAGAGAGAAACAGGCUCCUAUUGUACGAGCCGAAUUGACAUCACAUGUAGAAAGAUCUAGAGCCAUUGACAACACCCGAAACAAUCAUUCUGAUAUGUCGUCAGCUACAUGUUCUCUACAGUGAUUUUGGUCUUCAAGAUAUUUUUUUAUUCAUAUCUUUAAACUUGUAACUCACUCAUAUAGUGAGAUUUUUGGAUGCAGACAAAAUUUCUACAAAUUAUACAGCAUAAAAGCCGUACAAUAAUCAAAACAUCACAUAUUAUUAAAAUAUUUACUGCCAGUUAUAAACCGUUUAAAUACUUUUGCAAUUUUGCAUAUUCUAUAAGUAAUUUAUAACUUUUUGAUACUAAAGUAAUUUUUCAUCAUCUAUUUAAUUAUUUUAAAGCCGAAAACUUUACUUAACUUAAAUUUAAAAUUUUAAACUCAAAAAAAAAGAAUAAAAUUAAAUUGAAUUUCACAAUUAACUUUUUAAUCAAGCUCUAAUUUGUAUUCUAUGGUGUAGAAUACCAUAGGUGAUCAUAUUUUUUUAUUUCAAAUCCGGGACGGGAACUUAUAGUUAAGUUAGAUAAAUUAAAUAUGGUUUUUGUAAUAAAAAUUAUACAUAACAAAUUCUGUUUAAGGAUAUAAUAAAAUUAGUAUUUUUUUUAAAUGAAUCAAAUUUUUUUAAUCAGAAUAUUUUUCGCUACAAAGCAUUGUAUAAAAUUCUGUACAAUUUUCUUUAUAAUUAACCUUAAUUGUUUUUUUAUACAAGAAUAUUCUUUGUGUAACUCUUCAUUGAAUGUACAUUUUCUUUUUUUAGAACCUAUUUUUAUAAAAAAUAAUCCACUAUUUUAUUUAUGGAAAAAAAUAAUUGCAUAACUUGCAUUACAACAAAAACAAAUAAAAAUCAUAUAAUGAAUAUUAACUUAACCUCAAACUGACAAAAAUCUGACGGCUAAGGAGAUCUUUCCAUACUGUCAACUACCACGAUUCCAGUCUCAAAAAUUCAUCACCCUCAAGCCCCAAUCAAAAACCCCUAAAAUCCCUACAAUUACUAGGAAUCCCCCUAAAAAAUUCCAUUAUUUAUAAAAUUAGUAAUUAAAUAUUUUCAAGUAAAUGAAAAAAUAAGAAAA